AUGUUCCUCGCGGUGAAAUAUGUCAGGAAGAAGCUCAAGGAGCGGCGCGAAAGGGAAACCUCUGAAGAGGUCCCCGAAAGGCCCCCAACUCCAACUGGCGGGGCUUUCCCUCGCUCUCAACCUCAAGCUCAACAACUAGAAUCAGAUGGCCCCGUCAAUGGCACCGAGAACGGCAAUUCCACGGCCGUUGCCUCAGCCGUUGGCCCCAGGCCUCAGACCACGGCAGUGAAGAAGGCUAAAGAAGAAAGCCCCGAGGCCAAGGCGGAGAAGAAGAGACGGUACAAGUACCGGUUGAAGAUUGUAUUUGGCCUCACGUUUCCCUUCAUGCUGCAAGCUCUCGACACGACCAUCAUCGCAUCGGCCCUGCCGUUUAUUGCCCGGGACUUCAACGAGGUCAGCCAGCUCAACUGGAUCAUAUCCUCCUUCAACCUCACGUCGGCCGCCUUCCUGCCCUUCUGGGCCCAGAUAGCCGAUGUCUUUGGCCGGCACGCCACCCUCCAUGCCACCAUCAUCAUCAUGACCAUUGGGUCGGCCAUCUGCACGGGCGCGCCAACGUCGUCGUUCGGGGUGCUGCUUCUGGGCAGGGCCCUGCAGGGCGUGGGCGCCGCCGGCGUCAACAUAUGCGUGCGCACCAUCCUCGCCGACCGUGUCAGCUUGGCCGAGUACGCCAUGAACUACACCGUCUUCGCCAUCGUGUCGGCCAUCAGCUUCAGCGUCGGCCCCGUGGCCGGCGGGUACUUGACUCAGGUCAGCUGGCGCUGGUGCUUCGCCAUCAACCUGCCAGUUGCUGCUGUGGCUAUCGUCCUCGUCGUCGUGCUGCUGCGCAAGGAGCUGCUCGGCCCGCAGCCGCUGCCUGAGCUCGCCCCGAGCCGCGCUGCCACGCGCCGCGGCCGCUUCCUGCUCCGUCUCGCCACCAUCGACUACGGCGGCCAGCUUCUCUUCCUCUGGGGGCUGGGGCUGGUGAUCCUGGCUCUUACAUGGGGCGGCGCGUCGUACCCGUGGGACUCGGCAGACGUCCUGGCGCCGCUUGUUAUCGGCAUGGUUCUGUCGGCCGCCUGGCUUCUAUACCAAUACGCCAUGGUUCCGGGCCGCGUGAUGGCUCGCCUCUUCCCUCGCCAGCGGCCCAUGAUGCCUUGGCGCCUGCUCGUGCAGCGCAACAUUACCUUGCUGUUCUUCAUCAACUUCUCCCUCGGCUCCGCCAUGUUCUCCAUCAUGUACUUUAUGGAUCUCUUCUUCACUCUUGUUCAGGGGAACAGUGCCAGCAGCUCCGGGAUUGCUCUUCUGUAUUUCUUGCCUGGGCUUGGCGUUGGUGCCUAUACGGCCAUUUUCUUCACAAACAAAUGGCCGCGGCAAACUUUGCCCUCGCUCCUGCUCGGCGCCGUUGCGUCGGCCGUGGGCAUCACGGUGAUAGCGGUGGAGAUUGGGACGGCGCAGCCCCGGACGGCGGUCCUCUACGCCAUGAUGGCGAUCGUGGGCGUGGGCGUCGGCAUCCGCUUCAACCCGGGCGCCCUGCACGGACUUGCGUACUUCCCGACCAUGACGGCGCAGAUCUCGUGCCUGGUCUCGUUUGCCUUCCCCUUUGGCGGCACCAUCACCCUGACCCUCAUGUCCACUGUGCUCAACAACCGCAGCGGUCCCAACCACGUCGAUCCCAAGUCUGGCAUCUACUGGGCCUUCAUUGCAAUUGUGCCCAUCAUGUGGGCCAUUGUAAUCAUUACCACCUUCCUCGGAAAUGUGUGGAUCAUCCCACGCGACAAGACUGCUGAGGGCGAGGGAGCAGCCCACGAAGUCGUCCACGGCGCCUAUCUGUGGAGCAUCGUUAGGGGCAAGAAGCUCGAGAGAGUGCGCAUGAGCAGAGACGAUCAGUCUGGUGUUGUGGGUGGCAGUGCUGUUGUGCAGCCCGAGAGGCAAGCGGAUGUUGAGGCCGCUCGGUAA